AUGUCCAAGAAACGUGGUAGAAGACAUACAGCCAAGGAGGACAGUAAUAGCGAUUAUGAAACUGAUACAUAUGGUUUGGCAGAUGGGGAUGAUAAAUCGCGGCCAUAUUACCUCGUAGAAGACCUUCCCUGCUCUCUAGAGCCCCCACGUUACGAUACCUUCACGUAUCCACUAUCUGUGAAAGAUUCUGCUGUACUUUACAGUUCUUUGUUAAGUAGUAGGAGGACUUGGGUCAAAGGUGAAAUGUUUCAAUUAUAUUGGGCGAAGCAGUAUAUGAACACUAAAGAGAAGGAAGAAUUGAAGAAAGAGGGUAUAGAUCCUGACUCUAUCGACCAGUCUGCAGCAAGAGAAAAAAUGAAUAAGCUAUGCGAUUGCAUGAUGCAAGGCGGACCGCAUCAGUUUCCAAUACGGUUGUUCAUCUUGAAGAACGAUGAAGUUGAAAGGGCAUGGAAUGAAGCUAAGGAAGCAAAGAAGAGAGAUAGGGAAGUACGAAAGAAGCAACAGGAGGAGGAGAAACGGCUAAAGAAAGAGCGUAAACUCCUGAGAAAAAAACUGAAACAAGAGGCGUUAGAGAAAGAGAAAGAGAAAAAUAAAGAUAAGGUCAAGAAGCCGAGAAAGCCUUACAAGAAAAGUGCAAAGAGACUUGAAGCUGAGAGGUUAAAGAAAGAGGAAAAGGCUAAAGCAGCUGCUAAUACUUCAGGAGUUAAAAAAAAAAUAAGUAAAACUAGUAAUGUCAAGAAGAAGAAAAUGAAAGCUGUCGUAAGGCCUAAACCAUACGAAGAACAAGUAAUGAUUUUAAAUUUGAAUAAGAUGGCUAGAAACGACAAGCAAUUGAACGAUUUGAUGAUUAAAGUAGCAGGUGGUCAGGCAAGUCUGGCUGAAAUAACUCAGUUCAAGAAAUAUAUUGAAAAGGCAAAGGCUAUGCCUCCUCCCAGUGGAACUUGGAAGCCAAUGCUUGAAGAAGUUGAAGUGACUGAUGAUGGGGAAUCUGAUGAAGAUGUAAAAGAGCUUGAAGUGACAGAAAAAAGUGAAGAUGUAACACCAACUGAAGUUGCUUUACCAAAGGCUGCAGUUGCUGCUAAAGAAGUUAAAGAUGUUGUGGUAACUCCAAACCUUCCCCCUGGCACCGAAAAUUCUGGAAAUGGUAAACCGCCCUCAUUAGACGAAUCCAACGCUCAAGAAUCAACGGAUGUGAACAAAAACCAGCCAAUACAGAGGCUUAACAUAUCUAAAAAUGUUCAAAGUGUGAAAAACGACAUUACUGAGAAUACAGACUUGGCUUCCAAUGAGCAUAUGAACGAAAAGCAGGUCCAGAAAACUCCUGAAAGUACAACAGAACAUAAACCUGACGAAAAACCAAAGGACGCUGCUAUGAGCAAGAGUAAUGAAAAAAAACCUGAUGAAGAUACGGCACAGGACACCUCUAAAGAUGAUGAAAAUAAAUCGGAUAAAAGCGACAGCGACAGUGACAGUGAUAGUGACAGUGAUAACGAUAGUUCUAGUAGUGAUGAAAGUGAUAAUGAAGACAAUACAAGUCAAACAAAGAACAGCAUAGAUAAUACUGAUGAUGGAGUAACUUCAGAGAAAGCAGAUACUAAUACAGAUGUAUCAAGUGAUAAACCUCCUGAUGACAUCAAAUCCGAAGGAGAGGUCGCUGCUCCUCGCGUAAAAAGAAAGUAUAGGAGACGUUCUAAAGUUAAAACAGAAGAGGAGGAAGAGGAGGAAAAGGCAAUGCAGUUGACAACAUUCCAGCAGAAGUAUUCGAAUGGUGCUGAUAUGGUUUUUGAAUAUGUUGAAAAUGCCAAUGUUCGUUUCCUUCUACCAAAAUAUUCAAUCUUGGAACAAUUGGAAGGUGAAGAAAGCUAUCUUUUAUCCUUUAUUGUGGUUCAUAAUAGGCGAGAAGUUGCACUUUUUACGACUCGCAAACUAAAAGAGCUUAACAAGAAAAAGAACAAAGAAGAUCAUAUCAAACCUGAAGACUAUAACCCAUUUGAGGAUGCUAGAUGUCCCGAUCCAUUAUUUUCAUCUAUUACACUCAAACUAACUGGAAUUCCAAAGAAAUUUUCCAAUAUCAUUCUAAAUAGUUUCCAUCCUCAGGAAAGAGUGCAGCUCUAUAUGAAAUCUAUCAUCGACCGAGGCAGUAGGCUCAGCGGAUACAACCUCUGGUACCAACUUGACGCAUAUGAUGAUAAAGAAUUGGCUGAACGGCUAAGAGUAGGUUUAAAAGAAUAUGAACAGACCUUUAAGAGUAAAAGACAAAAGAAGCAAAUCUUGUGA